GCCAUAAUUGCAUUGCGCUCCAAAAUGCACAGUGACACCAAGCUUCCCACAUCUCCCCACAAUUGUUCCAACUUUUCAACUCUUGCUAUCUGUAUAUAUUUCCGUACACUGCUUAAUUCAGCGACAUUGGCAAAUCACUACUUUUAAUCAAUCCGUUCUCAUCUUAUAAUACUGGCGACAUGCCGGAUUCCUGCCUUUUUGUUCUCCGGAACAACUCGACGUCGAGCGAAGUGUAUGCUUACAUUACUGGAAUUGCAAUCCAGCACAACGGUGCUCGUGUGCUCAUUGAAUCUAAUUGCAAAAAUUUGUAUUUCCCAGAAUCGCCCAACGAUAUCCUUCAGCCACUCAAAAAGGACUGCGCCAUUCCGUUAGGACCACCAGGGAGCGAAGUCACAGUGAACGUCCCUCAAAUUGCAGGUGGACGAAUAUGGAUCUCCAUGGGCGGCAAACUCACGUUUUUGGUCAACCCAGGCCCGGCACUUGUCGAGCCUUCUGUACUAAACCCGAGUGAUCCGAAUGCGACAGUUAACUUUGGAUUUUGCGAAUUUACUUUGAAUCAUGACCAAUUGUUCGCGAAUAUAAGCUACGUCGACUUCGUACCUCGCAUUCCGAUUGCCUUACGACUCGAAAAUACUAAUGGCCAUGUACAGGAGGUCGCUGGCAUGCCGCCUGAUGGCCUGGACCGUGUUUGUAAUGCGUUAAUAGGGCAGGCACAGAAAGACGGGAUUCCGUGGGAUAAACUUGUGGUGCGGCAUAAGGACGAGAAUCUGAGAGCUUUAAACGCAACACAUGGCUAUGCUGUUGGGGCUAAUUUUGAUGGCUACUUUGAGCAGUACGUGGAGAAGGUAUGGAAAAAGUACUCAACAAGCUGCUGUAGAAUCGACACACAAGCUGCACAUGGUAUAUUGGAAGGUAGGGUCAAUGACAGAGGUGAGUUCGUCGUAGGAAACGAACGCUUCACCAAGCCAACGACCGCGGACAUUCUUGGAUGUAACUCUGGUCCAUUUACAACCGGACCGUCUCCCGAAAGAAAUUCGAUAAUACCUCGCCUUGCAGCUGCCUUCGUUCGCACCACCUUAUUAUGCGCGGAGGACCAUCCUUCGCAACCUCAGACAUUCUAUAGGGAAGACCCUACGAAUCAUUACGCUAGGAUUGUUCACGAAAACAACAUCGAUGGGAAGGGCUAUGCUUUUGCUUACGGUAUGUCAUCUCAAAAAGCCAAUAAAACUGCCCAGGCAGCAUAUCUUGUUGCUCUUCCAUGCGCAAUGCAGGAGCAAUGACGUUAUGUUUCCUGCCGCUCAAAUGGUCGCGACAAAAUGCCCUAAGUGAUGAAGCCAAAGCUGAACUCUGAGUUUGAGAUGAUGUGCAAGCCAACGGCUGCGAAGAUCAGUCAGGGAAAGUGAAUGAUGCUUCACCGAAAGUUUUCGUAGUCACUAUUGGGGGCUAGUGACAUUGGAGAUCAUGAAUGUCAAGCAUCUACAACUCGGAUUCAUGAUAGCGCGAACAAUCAACCAAGUCGUAGCUAUUCAACAAAUUAGAACACCAUUCAUGUUUACAGACAUGGAGGAAACAAUCUCUGGUAUAGGAAUCCGGGGUAUACGUUAUGAUUUUAGUCAUUCUUGCUUGAUGUUUUGCAGGUACUGGCAGCAGCCUAGUGCCUUCGAAAGAGAUUGAAGUUUCGGCAAGAUCAGUCACAAAAAACUUAUCUGCGUCCUCGCCAAACUCUUUCUCUAAGGAAGAUUUAUGAGAGAUCAUUUUCACUGUUCGGCACGCACAACCUCUGGGCUUGGGCGCUAUCAACGUGAUUUGUAGUUCUCAUCUCAAAUCGUUCCAUGAUUGCAAAGCGUAUCAUAUUCGGAGCCCACAUCGCACGCGGGCUGCAUAACGGGGAUAGAUUGUGGUUUUCCUCUAAGCGUUAGAAGACCCAUCUGGGCGACAAUUUGAUCAGGUCCCACAAAUAAGGCUCAUGUAGUUUGUG